ACGGCAUUCGCAACCAGUUCGUGUUCGAACGUUAUAAGGUGCACAUCUAGGCCCUGUGUGUGCUGUACGCCGGUUCAGCCGUCGAUUUUCCGCCUUCGUUGAUUCUCGUAGUCUUGCCGCCGCGUUUGCGAGUGUUGUUUACUGGCCAAAAGCGAGCAGCAGGGGAAGCAGAGUGACAGAUACACCGAUAUCGAGUGACAAAUCCCCGGGACACGUACCUUCGGAGGGCCCAAUGUCGUUAUCGCCGGUUACUGUGCACAGACCCAUCGAAACCGAGCUGUUAGCCCAAUAAGCACAUCGUUUGAUGUAGCAGCCUUCCCGCAUAUCCUCCAGCAGACUGCCACGAGAGAGUGAGAGAGAGUUACCUAAGACUAGGGUCUUACAGCGUCGAAUAGUCGUAUAGCCAAAUGGCCGCCUACACGCAAUUCGGAUACGGAGGCUUCCCGUCGGCCUCGCAGCUCCUGCCGCCAAGUGCCCAGCCGCCGGAGGACGCUUCCGCGAACGUGAAUGUGAACGAGGCGCUGGUGAUGACAAACGCCCCGGCGAUGAGCCCCGCGGGAGGUCAGGACUGUCAGGGCAGCCAGCCGCCCGGCGGAGCUGGCGGAGAUGCCUCCUCGGGGGCGCUCAGUCCCAACGCUCUUUCGCAGAACUCGAAUGCGGCGACGGUGGUUGGAGCCGGAGGAGGUGGAUCCUCGGCGGGCGGAGGCGGGGUGCCUGGAGGAGCGGACCUGGCCACCGGUGGCUCCCUGGACGGCACGACGCCCACUGCCGGCGGAGCUGGUGGUGGUGGCUCCUGCUGCGAGAACGGGCGGCCCAUAAUGACCGACCCGGUGUCGGGUCAGACGGUCUGCUCCUGCCAGUACGACUCCGCCCGCCUCGCCCUCUCCAGCUACUCCCGCCUCCCGGCGGCCAGCGUCGGCGUCUACGGCACACCCUACCCCUCGACGGACCAGAAUCCCUACCAGAGCAUCGGAGUGGACAGCUCCGCCUUCUAUUCGCCGCUGAGCAAUCCGUACGGACUGAAGGACACGGGCGCGGGUCCCGAGAUGGGGGCUUGGACCUCGGCGGGGCUGCAGCCCACCACGGGCUACUAUUCCUACGACCCCAUGUCGGCCUACGGGUAUGGAGCCAGUUACGACCUGGCCGCUCGGCGCAAGAACGCCACCCGCGAGUCCACGGCCACGCUGAAGGCCUGGCUGAACGAGCACAAGAAGAACCCGUAUCCGACCAAAGGCGAGAAGAUCAUGCUGGCCAUCAUCACCAAGAUGACCCUCACUCAGGUGUCCACCUGGUUCGCCAACGCCCGUCGGCGGCUGAAGAAGGAGAACAAGAUGACCUGGGAGCCCAAGAACCGCACCGACGACGACGACGAUGCCUUGGUGUCCGAUGAUGAGAAGGACAAGGAGGACUUGGAGCCGAGCAAGGGCAGCCAGAGUGGCAGUUUGGCCAAAGAUGAGACCAAAGAGGAGGAGGAUGCCAUAGACGAGGACCAGAAGUGCUUGGGUCAGGCGAACAUACUGAGGGCCGGCUUUGGCUAUCCCUCGGCUGGCAGUGGGGCGGGCUACGCCGGCGGAGGUGGCUCCUCGGGUGGACACCCCGGUGGCUACCACCCGUAUCACCAUCAGCAUCCCGCCUACUACCAGGCCGGCCAACAGGGCAUGCUGCCCUUUCACGGCGAGGGCUCCAAGCUGCAGGGUCAGGAUCUCGGGGAUCCAAAAAACCAGCUAGGCCGGGACUGUGGCGUGCCGAUUCCAGCUACCAAGCCGAAGAUCUGGAGUCUGGCCGACACAGUUGGCUGCAAGACACCGCCGCCGGCUUACAUUGGCCACCAAACGAUGCAGCAGCAGCAGCAACAGCAGCAGGCGCAGCAGCAGCAGUAUCCUCCGCAGGAUGCAGGACGGGAUCAGCAGCUGUUCAAUGGGGCCGCGGCUCCCUACCUGAGGCCGCACACCACGGCCUACGGGGGUUUUCUAGGGGCUACGACCCAGCAGCUGCAUACUACGAGCAGCAGUAUCCCCUACAGCAAUAUGCCCCCGCAGCAGCAGCAGCAGUUGCAGGUGGGCGGUACCAUCCAUACUACGGGAAGUUCGAGCGGAGCCCUGCAGUUCCACAGUCGGCAGCAUCCGCAGCAGCAGCAGCACACGCAGCAGCUGCAAUCUCAGUCCACAGCGAGUCAGCGGGCGAUGGGGUUUCCCGAAGCCCAACCAGAUACUCCACCCCAAACUCCGCCGAAUAUGAAGGUGCUGAGCGGAGCUUUGAGUCUCCUGCCUACCGCUUCUCAAGCCCCUACGACCGCUACCUGUCGCAGCAGUAACGCCUUCGGGUUCCCCUCCAGCUACCCCAUGAACUUCUCGGCCCGGAUCGGGGAGUACUCCCCGCGGGACGACUACAGCAGCGGGAACAGCAGCAGCAGUAGCUCCUCGUCGCCCCAGCUGCACCGCCCCAACGAGGCCAUGUUCAAGCCGCUCUUCAAGAAGUUCACCAACUAACCGGACUGCGUUUAGAUAAGGAUUUGUAUACUUAUUGGGAUCGUGCAAGAACCAGACGGAUUGUGUAAUAUUAACUGUAGCCGUUAGCGCGUUAAGUAACUUCAAGUUUCAUUCGAGUUAUAUGUACGUCGUAUCUAGAGUACCGGAUCAAAUGUUUCUCUUCAAACUGCAAUGUAAGCUUAGGCUAAUUACUAAACUAGCGCAAUAAGAUGUAAACUGUGAUACGUUUUUCAUUGUCUAACAGACUUCACACUAAACACUUCGUCUAUAUGAACACAUAAUCUAAAUAAUUUUAACUCGUUUAAUAAAAUUCUUUAUAAUCAUGAAA